AAAAGGAAGUCCGGGUUUGGAUUAAAAAGCAGCGGACCUUGAGUCAGAUCAAUCGGACCAGGCAGGCUCCACGGCGGCCGCUGUGAUCACCCAAGAGGAGAGGAGGGAGAGCUGGGAUAGGAGCCAUGCUGGCCCAGCUUGGACUUAAGGCUGCUCCUGGCUAAUGUCCGGUGUUGACGAAAUGGGACUAAGGCUGGCCAAGCAACGGGAAUCAGAUACUGUUGUGCCCACAUCUUUGCAGAGAUCUGCUCCAUCAACAAUGUUUUUUAACGAGGUUUCUGUGAAGAUUAAGGGGUAAAAACCUCAAUGUGCAAAAUAACACUACGGGUUCCCUUAUAUCAUAAAUUCAGCUGUUUGCAGGAUGCACAGUGAUGAGGACACAAACCCCGGUCUCCUGGGUCCUUUGUUUGCUUGUACCAUCCCUCCAGCCCACCACUUCCUUUCAGUUCCAGUUCAGUUUUCCACUUCAAUUGACUCAGAAAAAGUCCACAAUCCUACUGCAACAGCAGCGAAGCAGUAUUUUGGCAGUUAAUCUCUCCGACAGAUAGGUGGCCUUGUCCCGGGCAGGACAUCACGGCCAGCCCCGGUGCCGCGGUGUAUGGUGGGAAAUAUGGGAUCAGGUGAGAACCGGAAGUUGAGUGUGUUACUGACGCUGGCUUGAUGAUGAUGAAUCUGUGAUGACAGGAGGAGCUGAGAGCCGAGGAGGCAGCAGGUGAAUCAUUUACAGCUUCUAGUUUUUACCGUCCCACCUGUUCAACAUUACAUAAACUGAAAGAUACUGCGAGCAGGAAAUGUCCCGCUGUAUAUGACAGGUUCCGCUUUUUAAAUAAAAUCAAUAAUAUUAGCUCAGGGUGGACAAAAAGACGAAACCACGCCGCCGGAGCCCGGACUUAGCAGUCUUCCAAUGUUGGCUAUUUACCUUAAAUGAGUCAGGACCAGAGUGGGACUGCGUUCACCAGCUGAGUUAAAGCCAAGUUGAUACUGUCAGUUGUUGUGAGAGGAGGAACCUCAGAGUUGGAGCCAUGUUGUCGGCGGAGGAGAUUCUGUGCAGCACGCAGCAGGUGAUCGCAGGGCUGGAGGCGCUGAGAGGAGAGAACCACAGUCUGCUGGAGAGCCUGCAGGAGCCGGCGGAGAGCCAGCCGGCGUCAGAGAGUGGCAGCGUGGAGCAGGAAAAGAGCGGCAUCAUCCGCCAAUCACUGGAGAGGAUAGAGCUGGGGCUGAGCGAGGCACAGGUGAUGAUGGCGUUGUCUGCUCACCUGGGUUCACUGGAGGCGGAGAAACAGAAGCUGCGCGCUCAGUUCAUCUUUCCUGUUCUCCUUCAUGUCAUUUUACCAUGUCUCCCUUUCUCCUCCCUGUUUCGAUUUUCCUCUCACAUCCAUCCUCUUCUUCCUCUUUCCUUUCCCUCUCCACCCUCUUCCUCCAUCAUCUUUCCUUUUCCUUGUUCCUUUCUCUCCGCUACAUUCUUUCCUUCCCCUUCCUUAUUAUUUUCCUCACCCUUCCUUGUCACUUCCUCCUUGUCUUUUUUCUGCUCUCCUCCUCAGGUGCGCCGUCUCUGUCAGGAGAACCAGUGGUUGAGGGACGAGCUGGCUGGUGCUCAGCAGCGGCUGCAGGACAGGGAGCAGGAGGUGGUCACCCUGGAGGAGCAGAACAAACACCUGCAGUUCAUGUCCUCCAUACGCAAAUACGACCAGGAGGAGCCGCAACUGGAUGACAAAGACACGUCUUCCACCAAGGAGUCUCUGGAUGACCUCUUUCCUACCGAGGACGAGGAACAGUCACAGAUGUCCCAGCCUCACCACAGCAGUGCAGCAGCUGCAGCCCAGCAGGGCGGCUACGAGAUUCCCGCCCGCCUUCGAACGCUCCACAACCUGGUCAUCCAGUAUGCAUCCCAGGGACGAUACGAGGUCGCUGUACCACUCUGCAAACAGGCUUUGGAAGACCUGGAGAAGUCCUCAGGGCACACCCACCCAGACGUAGCCACCAUGCUGAAUAUACUGGCCCUGGUGUACAGAGACCAGAACAAAUACAAAGAAGCAGCCAACCUGCUGAACGACGCGUUGGCGAUCAGGGAGAAAACUCUUGGAAUGGACCAUCCUGCUGUGGCAGCAACGCUCAACAACCUGGCGGUGCUUUAUGGGAAAAGAGGAAAAUACAAGGAAGCAGAGCCGCUGUGUAAAAGAGCUCUGGAGAUCAGAGAGAAAGUUCUGGGUACAGACCACCCAGAUGUGGCCAAACAGCUGAACAACCUGGCUUUGCUGUGUCAGAACCAGGGGAAGUACCAGGAGGUGGAGCAGUACUACGAACGCGCUCUGCACAUCUACCAGAGCAAACUUGGACCAGACGACGCCAACGUGGCCAAGACCAAGAACAACCUGGCAUCCUGUUAUCUUAAGCAGGGGAAAUACAGACAAGCUGAAGCUCUUUACAAAGAGAUCCUGACCAGAGCGCAUGAAAAGGAGUUUGGAUCUGUAGAAGGAGAUGGCCGUCCCAGCUGGUCCGGUGCUGAGGACGGCGGCUCCGGACAGGACGGACUCAGUAACCUGAAGCGCAGCGGCUCCUUUACCAAACUCAGAGAGUCGAUACGCCGAAGCAGCGAGAAACUGGUCCGCAAGCUGAGAGGAGUCGGAAUGGAGGAAACGACCCAGAGGAAUGCUGGGAUGAAGAGGGCGAACUCUCUGAAUGUGCUGAAUGUUGGAGCCAGAGAGAGUCAGGAUGGCACCCAGUCGAGCCGUUUGACAGAUGUUCGAGGCCUAAGCUCCAGCACGCAGAGCCUGACAAGACGAGGUUCGCUCAGUGGGACCAGCUAACACACACACACACACACACACCCCUUCUACAUACAACACCUCUCAAGAUAACUGGACAGAUGUUCACACACUGACUGUUGUGAGUAAUAAGCACACUGCUCUGUAUUGAACGCUCAUAUCAGAUGUCCCCUCCAGAAAAACGGAGAUAGUUGUCACAACUGGAGACUUUGUCAAAAAUGUAAUUGGCAAAUUUGUUAAUUAUCCCUCAUUUUAAAAAGUAAUGACAAAUUAAUGUUUUCUGUUUUGUUAACCCUUGAGGAAAUUUCACAGUAAUAAUAUGACACAUUGGGCUCCGGUAAUGACAAGUGUCUCCAAAAAGUGAUUAGAAAGGAGUCGGUCACAUAUUGACAUAUCUACAUUGCACUAUAACCUUUCCUUCCUGUUCACUUGACAUUUAAUAUAACUUCUUCCUGGUUUUAGAUUAGAAACAAAUUCAGUAUUCGGAUUACAAAUUAAGUAUUAAUUUGUAAUCUGAAUGGAAAAACACAAAAUCCUUUUAGACUACUUAAAUAAUACUAGCAUUUACACUGUAAGAAAACUAAGUUAAUAUGUCUAAUAUUGACAUUACUAUAUUUGCAUAAACCAGACCAUGUCAUUUGCAGGUUAACAAAAGUUAAUCUGUAAUACAAUUAAUUUUACAUUUCAGGUAUUAGAUGUUUUCCUAUCUUUCUUCCUUUCUAUUAACACUGGAAAAAACCCUGUUAUUUAUGUUUUAAAUUUUCUAAACAUAAACGUUACAGAUUAUCUUAUCUAAAAAUUUUAAAAGUUCUCAUGAGAAGCACAGGGAUGUAAAGUCGUUUGUUUGCACAAUGAUCAAAACGUGACGUGUUUGUCAAAAUGUUAUUUAAAUGUGUUUUGCCUUUAAAAUGUGCAGGUCAUUCUAAUUAUAUUUUCACAUUGUGCAAAGCAGCUGAAGUAAACACAUUUGUGUUUUUAUCAUUGGCUUUGACCACAGUGAAGUUUUAUCAUUCCACAUUAUAAGAAUAAGGACCAACUUUUUACUUAAGAAAUCCAAAAUGUGAUAUGCACCAUUUGAAAACAACCAACACCAAAAUGAACGCACAUAUGACUUUGAUAAGAUGGUACUCCUAAAAGAUGGUUGAUAUUUUUGCACAUUGUCAGUUAAUAUAUUCCCGAUCAAUCACAUUCUUAACAGUGUUAAAUCAAUCAAUUAUUUAAUAUUAACACCCCUAAAGUACACAUUUCAAUAUUCAGCAAUUAUGUAUUUGUUAGUUUUAAGCUAUCUGGAUACCCAAAGUUAUUGUUGUGCCUGAGUCAAUGUUGUUUUGAUGACUUUCAGCUGGCCUUGGAUUGAUGUUUAAUGACUCACUUGAACUAAGACUUCACAGAGUUAUACCAUUUACUCAAAGCCAUUCUGUAGGACGUGAAAGUUUCUGACUUUUGCAUCCCUCGGUUGUAACCAAGACACUGUGGAGGACCAUGUAUAGCACAGAUGUCGCACAAACUGAACAUGAAGCAAAUUGCAGAGGGGAAUUGUUCUAGGUGGCACAAAUUUAGGCAAUUACGCAUCUGUGUAAGUUCAAAAUGUUUCAGCAAACAAGCUUAGACAAGCCAAAAGCAGACAUAGAAAGUUACAGUCAAAACAUCCAGCAGCUAAAGUGCAAACCUGAGACACAAGGAGACUGAAUACUGGACAUGUAGUAAUUAGAUGGAUAGAAAUUUGACCAGAUGUUUGCAAAUGCAAAAACCCAAACUAUUUGAGUGAGUGAGUUUGUUUUGGAGUCUAUCUGCCCCAUAGUGGUAAAGGUAGCUUGACGCAGGAUGAACGAAGAACACUUUUGAGGCACAGGUAGUAUGUCAAUUUCAUGUAAUUUUACACCUAUGCUUAUUCACUGAAAUGCCUGAAAUCCACAACUUACCGCAAGUCACUAUUAUAAAUAGUAAACUAGUUUUUAAUGACAUGUAGAUUUCUUUGUGCCCUUGUUACUAAUUUGUUACUGAGAGAAUUACUUGAACUAGUUACUUAAGACUCAAACUCGAGAUUUAGUAACAUGACUGAAACGCUGUGUGAACAAAAUAUACAUAGCUCCUUCCUUUUUAUGUUGAUACACAGACAGAGCAUUAGAUGAAUAUAUUUUUUACAUAUUCAUUUAAAACUCAGGAAUGUUUAAAUUAAGAUACGGACACAAAUAAGUGCUGCUCUGAAAUCUUGGCUCCCUGAAAUGACGUUACCACUCAUGGAUUUUAUUGCACAAAACUCCUCUUAGGGCUCACCUCCAUUUCUUUGCUCAAACACACUGUAUAUCCUAAAUGAUGGAUAACUACUGACUGUACAUUUGCUGUGGUAGAAGAUGUCACUGCCGUUUGUUGUAAGGGCUGAAAUCGUUAGUUACUGUAGAAACUACAGUCUGUUAAUGAAACACUUGUAAGAAUGUUACACACAAAAUGGGAUAAAAAUAUGUAGAAACUGGACUAUAUAUCUCUUCUGAUGCUGUGUUUAUUCUGGUAAAUAUGAAUGUUUGUAUUUUAUAUUUGCAAACUUAAGCUGAAAUAAAUUACAAUACGACAUUAA